GAUGCCAUCAGAAAGCUUAUGGCGUCAGCAAUGCUGGAUAACGAAGCUGUUAGCCUAAUAAUUGAAGUAAAAAUCACAGUACCGUAAAAUAAACCGAAGCUAAUUUCUUGGUAUCAUUUAAAUUGCUUUAAUCAAGAAAAUAUUUAUUAAUUCUAUGCUGGAUGUACAAUCAUUCAGUAUUGUUACAUUUAACCCUAAUAUAAAAAUAAAUCUGGGCACUAUUUGUGGUUGUAGACGGCCAUUUUUGUUCCUGUAAACGACGUAGAAGUCUUGUACAAUAAAGGACAACGAUCUUAUUCUUGAGGUAGAUCUAGAUUCUAGAUCUAUAAUGUAAUCUAAUCUACUUAUAAACUAGAUAUCUAAAUUAAUUUAACCGUGAAGAAAGACCAAAAUAAAAUACUAACAAUGGGGAGGUCGAGAAGUAGAAGUAGAUCAUCCAGUCGCCAAAGUCAAAGGCACAGAUCAAAACGAAAGAAGAAUCGUUCAAAAUCAAGAUCACCAUCCAAAGACCGGGCAUCGAAAUCAAGGCAAAGUAGGAGCAGUCGUAUGCGUUCUAGAUCUCGAGACAGAAAACGUCCUCCAAGGAAAAGGUCAUUUUCAUCCAGUAGUUCUGACAGCGAUGAUGAUCUCAUACUUCGAGCUAAGAAAAGAGAAGAAGAGGAAAAGAAGGCUGAAAUUGAACGACAACGUCUAUUACGACAGAAAGAGCUGGAAGAGAAGUUAAUUGAGGAAGAGGUUGCUCGAAGAGUUGAGGCCCUUGUCAAACAGCGAGUUGAAGAAGAGCUUGAAAAGCGUAAAGAUGAAAUUGAAGCUGAAGUUCUUCGGAGGGUGGAGGAGGCCAAGAAGAUUAUGGAGAAACAAAUGCUAGAAGAGCUAGAAAAACAAAGAGAGUCAGAGAUUGAGGCACAGCGUUUAAAGGAGGAAGAGGAGCGUAAAAAAAGAGAAGAGUUGGAAAGGAUAAUGAUUGAGAAUAACAAGAAGAUUGAAGAAGCUCAAAGAAAACUGGCUGAAGAGCAGUUGAAGCUUGUGGAAGAACAACGAAAAAUGUUGGAGGAGAAACAGAGAAUGGAAGAAGAAGAGAAGAAACGUUCCAAAAAAGACCAGGAGAUUAUAUUGAACAAGAAAAAUGCAAGGCCCAAACUUUCUUUUUCGCUGGGAGGAAAAUAGCAUCCAUUUGAUGUGUUUCAGUCUUUCUACACCAUGUCAUGUUUGUUCAUCCACUCAGACCAGUUUGUAGUGAGGAGCUGAUGUUUGCUUUGAGGACUCUACACACAACCUUCAUCUGCCUGCAUUGACUUUAGCCAAAUGUUGUUUAGAGAAUGUUGUAACGAUUUUGUUUUACCCUCCUCCACUUGGCAGUGGCUAGUGAUGGGCUACAGUAACUGUUUACGCACAGUUCAUACUAGACAUAAACCUUGCAUACCCUUCCUUUAUUAAUCACUAUUUUGCAAGACGAUUUCCGCAUAGAUUUUUUGAGAAAUUAUCUUGCUAGGUAAAGGUAUUUUAAUGAUAAAAUAAUUGGCUUUUAGUAUGUAAAUAAUUAUAUUGGCGCCAAUUAACAAUGGUCUUGCUUUUUAAUGAUACAUAGCUAUACUAAUUAACCUGCAUUUGGCUUUAAAUUGAAUAUUGGCAUAACUAAAUGUUGCGGUUUGGUUUAUAUUGAUAUAAAACCAAAGGUUGUUGGUAUGGAAGGGAAUGUCUGACAUUUCAUGGCUAUUUGUGGAGUGCCAUUACAAGUAACUUCUCAUUUUCUUUUUGGCUUAGGAUAAGUGGUAACAAUUAAGAAACAUCUAGUAAUUUUUAUUGAAGGUACUAUAAUUGGAACAAUUUGUAGCUGAUCUGCCUUAGAAGGAAGCAAAUAUCUGUUUAAAAGGAUAAAACUGGUAGUGCAUUUUAGGGUUUAAAAAACUUUCCUACUCUUCAUAGAUAAAGGUAAGUAUUAUAAUGGAUUUCUCAAAUUAGAUUCUUUGCAUUCUUUAAUAUUUGGCAUUAUGAUGUACCUGUUUGACACUUUCUAUUGGUUAAUUUAAAAUGAGCUGCAAGAACACUAUUUUUAAAUGUAUGAU